UCAUACCACACGUACACACACAUUUGCGCGUCCAUAACAUACACAGAAAUAGAUUAAGAGGCCUAAACCUCUAACACGUGGGAAUACAUAAUACUGCUGAACACACGCAUACCCUAAAACCCUGAAAAUUCUUAGGUACUGGGUUGAGCAGCACUCGAACCCAGGCCGGCAGCGAGCACAUCGGCUACGCUAGCCCGGUGAUGCCCGUCGCCGAGACCGCGACGGUCUUCCUGGAGACGAGCCUCGGCACCCGCCUCGUCGUCUGCUUCCCCGCCCGCGCCACCACCGUCGCCGACCUCAAGCGCCAAGAAAGCACGGAGCAUGCCGCAUGUUUCCCCCGCAUCGGCCCAAUCGCCGUCACAUCCUUGCAGAUUGAGCUGGAUGGUUCCUGGUUUCUGCUCACUGAUUCCAUGGUUGUGGAAGCUGCUUUGGAAUGGGUCAAGGGGCCAAGGCGCCUCCUAGUUGAGGCCCACGAGCUUCUUCCUCACCCAGUUGCUCGCAAGGAUGCCAAUUGCCAAGUGUGUAACUGUUGACUAUUCCAAGCUUCGUCCUUAAUCAGUUUUUUGCUGCCAAAUUUGGGUAUUGCUAGUUUGGGCAUAUACCAAAUAUAAACCUCUUGAGAAUACUUGGAAAUUUAGAGAAGCAAGGAUGCCAUGUAACCCUCUUCUGUGUUGGGAAGCAAGGUUUACAUGUACCAUUAUCCUUUUGUAAAUUAAAGGAUCCAUUUUGUCCCAAAACAUUGGUAGUAAUACUAAACAAAUUAUAAUUA